AUGGCCAAUCGUGAAGGAUCUUCAUCCAACAAAGCACCACUGUUCGAUGGAACAAAUUAUGCAUUCUGGAAGCUUCAGAUGCAAACCUACCUGAGGUCACUCAGCUAUGAUGUCUGGAUGUCAGUUGAGACUGGUUACACGCUUGUGGAAGGUCCGUUGACAGAAAAUGCUCAGAAGAAAGCCUAUGAAAAUGACAGUAAGGCUCAAAAUGCAUUGAUGAGUGGACUGGUUGACAGUGAUCUUGUGAAAGUCAUGGGCUGUACCACUGCCAAACAAAUUUGGGACAAGCUAUGUAGUGUUCAUGAAGGCGAUGCCAAAAUCAAAGAAGAAAAGCUACAAACUCAUAGACCCAAGUUCGAGUGCCUAAAGAUGGCUGAAGAUGAAACUAUUGAGGCCUAUAUGUUGAGGGUUAAUGAGGCAGUCAAUGCCAUUAGAGGACUUGGGGAAGAAAUCAAAGACCCUGUGAUCGUAAAGAAAGUGUUGAGAUCAUUGCCACCCCGGUUAGAUUUGAAGGUGUUUGCCAUUGAAGAAGCAAAGGAUCUUGAUACGUUUAGCAUGGAUGAACUGCACGGCUCCCUUUCAGCUUUUGAGAUGCGAAUUGACAGACCCAAAGCUACUGACAAAAUAGCUGCAUUCAAGGUUCAGAAGAAAAAGAAGAUUGAGCCCAAGUCUGAUGAAGAUGAUACUGAUACUGAUAGUGAUGCUGGUGAAACUAACUUUGUCAGAAAAUUGAAGCGAGGCAAAGGCAAGUAUAGAGAUGACAGUUCUGAAGAUGAGUCAGAUGAUGAUACUACAGAUGAGUUACUAUUCAUGGUACUAAGUGAUAUUACUGAGAAGUCUGAUGAGCACCCCACCACUGGUUCUGAUAAUGAUGAGGAGGAGGCUGAGGUAGACUUAGAAGGAGAGCUUAUUGCAGCACUUGAUGAGCUAAAGACUGAACGCAAAAGCCAUAAGAAGACUACAAAGCAACUCAAGGAAGCCGAGAAGAAAAUACUUGAGAUGAAGGUUCAAAUUGAAGAGUUCAAGAAGGUUGUUGAUGAGCUUGAAACUCAAUUCUCCCUCAAGUCUGGUGAUUGCUGCAAGCUCGAGGAAGAAGUUGUUAUGCUUAGAAACAAAGUGGACAUAUCUAUUGAGAACAUUCCUUCAUCCAGUGAUCCUCAAACAGACAAACUUGAUGAGAUAUUGAGCUGUCAAAGACCUGCACACAUCAAGUUUGGCCUAGGUUAUGAGGGUGAGUCAUCAAAGCAGAUGGUGAAAGGCAAAGGCACUAUUGAAGAUCCCAUACAGUUGAAGAAAGAAAGAAAAAAUCCUGUUCAGCCCAAAACAACCAAUGUGAAAACUAUUUGGGUGAAGAAGAAUGAUGUUGUGGAGAACAGUUCUAUGGUAGUAAAGAUAGCUCUCAAAGCUCAGAACAAGCCAAUGCCAUGGCUUCUCGAUAGUGAUUGCUCACGUCAUAUGACAGGUAAUAAAGAAAUAUUCAAGAAGUACCAGCAGUAUGAUGGAGGCUCCGUCCGGUUCGGCAACAAUGAUGGAGGAAAAAUAAUUGGGAAAGGCACAGUAAGUUUUGGAAGAAAAGUAAAGUCCCAUGAUGUUCUUUACAUGACAGGGUUGAGACAUAGCUUGCUCAGUAUUAGUCAGAUUUGUGACAAAGGGCAUGAUGUCAUCUUCAAUACCCAUGGAUGCGAGAUCAGGAAAUCAAGCAACGGCAAGCUUGUAGCAGCAAGUAUGAGAACUUCUGGAAACCUUUACAUGUUGACUAAUGAAAUGGAAGGUUCUUGUUUAUUUGGACAACAGGAUGAAAACUGGCUAUGGCACAAAAGGCUAGGUCAUAUCAACUUUGAUAACCUAGUCAAGAUCAGUUCAAAGAAUGUAGUAAGAGACAUGCCAAAAAUCAACAAACCUGUAGAGUCUAUUUGUAGCUCAUGUUAG